AUGGCCAAUACAUUUGAUAACUUCUCGACCACCUCCCACCACUAUCACUUCUGGCCACCAUCGACCUCCGGCAACCAUCAACCUACGGCCACAUGUGACCUCCGGCCACCAAAUACAUCUGACAAACACCACCAUUCAUCUCCCAACACUAACACCACCAUAGGAGCAGAAGGUGCAGUGGAGGUUCAAAAACAAAUCCUAAAUCAGUGCCACCAUCUAAAGAGAAGAAUCGAUGGCGGUGCACAAGUAAAGAAGGAGGCGACGAAGGUACAGAUUCAGCUAUGGAGCUUCGAUUCCGACUGUGGAAACAAUGGCGGAUUGGAGGCCGGAUGUACCUCUAGUGGUGAGGACUUCACCGACCCUGUGACUGCAACAGAGCCAUUGAUUGCGAGGAGCACACAUCCACCAGAAUUCGCUCUACUGCUAAAAUCUCCAAUCCUCCGUCGUCACUUACUUAUUAUACAGGUUGCGAUCAAGCGCUUGUUCAGUAUGCUUGGCCAAGUAGGUUCUGAAGAGGAGGAUAAAGCUUCACAAUAG